AGGGAAGAGGCAGGCGGCUUGAAACAGGUGGAGUUGGAUCAAGCUGUGAACGUGAUUGCUGGAAGCUGGUUGACGAUGAUGGAUCACACGGUGUAAACCAGUCGCGUGGACAUGGACAUUCCGAACUGCUAGUGGGGACAUGGGACUCCAGUUGUCUUGGGUCACUUGCGUGGAUUUUCGCGGUGCAGAACGACAGAAGCCGCUAGCACGUCGCCAGGACCGACUGCCAACAUUCUGUCCUAAAAAAAAAGUGAGGGAAGUAAAUGCUAAAUUAUUCAUGAGCCUCCUUUGACAGCACAUCAGAAGGGAAAGUGUCAGGAGGUUUAUGGAGGGCACAACACCUUGUUCAUUUAAUUUCCACCUGGGAGGAUGUCUGAGCGAGGAGACCUAAAUCAGGCGAGAGUGGACGAAGGAGGGAUUGAACAGGAGACGGUCGCCCCAGAGAAUGGCAUUGUGAAAUCGGAAAGUCUGGAUGAGGAAGAGAAGCUGGAACUGCAGAGGCGGCUGGCAGCGCAGAACCAAGAGAGGAGAAAAUCCAAGUCAGGAGCUGGAAAAGGGAAACUGACCCGGAGCCUGGCUGUGUGUGAAGAGUCAGCCAGACCAGGAGGAGAAGGACUUCAGGACCAGGAAUCAAUUCAUUUACAGCUUUCCAGUUUUCCCAGCCUGCAAGAGGAGGAUAAACCUAGGAAAGAUGACUCUGAAAGAGAGAAGGAAAAGGAUAAAAGCAAAGAUAAAACCUCGGAAAAACCCAAGAUCAGAAUGUUAUCAAAAGAUUGCAGCCAGGAAUAUACGGAUUCCACAGGCAUAGAUUUACAUGAAUUUCUGAUUAGCACAUUGAAGAAUAAUUCCAGGGACAGAAUGAUACUUUUGAAAAUGGAGCAGGAAAUGAUUGAUUUCAUUGGUGACAACAACAAUCAUUACAAAAAGUUCCCUCCGAUGUCUUCGUAUCAGAGGAUGCUUCUCCAUCGAGUGGCGGCUUACUUUGGGUUGGAUCACAAUGUGGAUCAGACAGGAAAAUCGGUUAUCAUCAACAAGACCAGUAGCACCAGAAUACCAGAGCAAAGGUUUUGUGAACAUUUAAAAGAUGAAAAAGGUGAAGAAUCCCAGAAGCGGUUUAUCUUGAAGCGAGAUAACUCUAGUAUUGAUAAAGAAGACAAUCAGCAAAACAGAAUGCAUCCAUUUAGAGAUGACAGACGAAGUAAAUCAAUGGAAGAGAGAGAAGAGGAGUAUCAGAGAGUGAGGGAGAGAAUAUUUGCACACGCUUCAGUUUGCUCCCAGGAAAGCCUUUUUGUGGAGAGCAGGCUCUUGGAGAACAGUAACAUAUGCAGUGAGACCUAUAAGAAAAGACAGCUCUUUCGGGGCAACAGAGAUGGCUCAGGGAGAGCAUCUGGGAGUCGGCAGAGCAGCUCGGAGAACGAACUGAAGUGGUCUGAUCAUCAGAGGGCCUGGAGCAGCACAGAUUCUGACAGUUCCAACCGCAAUCUGAAGCCUGCCAUGACCAAGACAGCUAGUUUUGGUGGCAUUACGGUGCUGGCUCGGGGCGACAGCACAUCCAGUAGCAGGAGUAUCGGGAAGCUGUCCAAAGCAGGUAGUUCAGAGUCUUCCAGCAGCGCAGGCUCUUCAGGAUCGCUGUCCCGUACCCACCCACCUCUCCAGAACACACCGCUGGUCUCGGGCGUGGCAGCCGGUUCUCCCAGCUGUGUGUCCUAUGCUGAGAAUGGAAUGGGAGGUCAAGUGGCUCCCAGCAGCACCAGCUACAUCCUCCUUCCACUGGAAGCUGCAACAGGCAUCCCACCUGGGAGCAUCCUUCUUAAUCCACACACAGGCCAGCCUUUUGUGAACCCUGAUGGGACUCCUGCUAUUUACAACCCGCCUGCCAGCCAACAGCCUUUGCGGGGCACAAUCGUGGGACAGCCCCCACAGCAGCCCCAGCAGCAGGCCUCACCUCAGCCUCCACAACAGGUCCAGACACCACAGCCGCCACUGGCAGGGGCCCUGGUCACUCAGUCUGUCCAGGGACUGCAGGCUUCCUCCCAGUCAGUGCAAUAUCCGGCUGUCUCUUUUCCUCCCCAGCAUCUCCUCCCUGUGUCUGCAACACAGCACUUCUCCAUGAGAGAUGACGUGGCGACCCAGUUCAACCAGAUGAACCUGAGCCGGCAGUCCUCAGGAGAGACUCCGGAGCCCCCACAGGGUCCUGUCUACCCAUCCUCCCUCGUGCCACAACCAGCCCAGCAGCCCAGCUACAUCCUUGCCUCUGCAAGCCAGCAGCUCCCUUCAGGGGGAUGCACAGGCUCUGGUCCUCCCAUCUCCCAGCAAGUGCUCCAACCCCCACCCUCCCCGCAGGGAUUUGUGCAACAGCCUCCAUCUGCACAGAUGCCUGUCUACUAUUAUUCAUCUGGUCAGUACCCUACCUCAACCACACAGCAGUACCGGCCCAUGGCCUCAGUACAGUACAGCGCUCAGAGAAGUCAACAGAUGCCACAGGCAGCACAGCAAGCAGGUUACCAGCCAGUUCUGUCUGGUCAACAGGGAUUUCAAGGGUUAAUGGGAGUGCAGCAGCCGCCACAGGGUCAGAACCUGAUCAACAACCAGCAAGGAACUCCGGUGCAAAGCAUGAUGGUCUCCUACCCAACAAUGUCUUCUUACCAGGUGCCAAUGACCCAGGGUUCUCAAGGACUGCCCCAGCAGUCAUACCAACAACCAAUCAUGCUACCUAACCAGCCAGGUCAAGGGUCCCUCCCAGCCACCGGAAUGCCCAUGUACUGUAGUGUCACACCGCCAACCCCUCAGAACAACCUUAGGCUGCUUGGACCACACUGCCCCUCCAGUGCAGUCCCUGUGGUGUCAGCUAGCUGCAGGACAAACUGCGCAAGUAUGAGCAACACCGGCUGGCAGGUUAAGUUCUGAGAGCUCUAGCUGUGCCACAUUUCUUUCCAUAAUACUCAUGGCCUUUAAGGGGAGAGGAACCAGGUGGGCAAACUGGCUGAGGACUUAAAUAUUCAUUCAACACUCAAAUGAUUGCUGCUGGCAUUCUGUAAAAAAAAAUAAUAAUAAUAAUAACAAAGACUAAUACAAAAUGUUAGCUGGUUAAUGGUGCAUACUUCUGUCAUGUCUGCUAGGUAUGCCUUUAUAGCUUAGCUAGUGACAUGAAUUCAUCAAGGUAAGAUUCUCUCCUACCACUGAAUACCACUGUGUAGAUUCUAAUAUCCCUUAAUUUGGAUUAGUUUUGUACUUUGUGUUGGGUUUGUGAUGCUAAAAGUAUUUAAAGAUUAUAUACUGAAAUCACAUUGUACCAAAGCUGUAAUGGAAAAGAUAAAAGAAAAAAAAUGAUGAUGAAAGGAAUAAUUUAUAUACACAAUAGAGUUUUCUUUUUUUUUUUAAACGGAUAUAUACUGUAUUGUAGUGUUUAAUCAAAAUAAAACUAUCUGACCU